GCUGCGGAGGAUGCCGACCCCGCAGCGGGGACAAGCGCCGGGCGAGAUGCUCCUCGCCAACCACCGGUUACUUCCCGCAUCAACGCCGAAACCAUUACCACCUCCACCAUCAUCCUCCACUUCCCAUCCUACCUCGGCGACUGCUACGACGACCACCCGGCACUCAUGAAGCCCCCGUUGUGGAAGAAGAAGCAGCCCAACCCUGCCAAAGUGAGGCGGAAAGAAGAGGCCCGCUGCGAGCACAGAGUAGAAUGUACUGGCGCGUCGGGUUCGCGUGGACGCGGUCGUGUGUGCUGGAUCUCGGCCUGAACGGGAGCUUCUCGGGGGGGCUGGACGAGCCGCUGUACGGGUACGGGUACAUCAUCGCCUGCCCCUUGCAGGACUACGGCGGGAUCAUGUCAGCUCUCGGCUCCGACUCGUGGUGGAGAAAAACGCUGUAUCUGACAGGAGGGGCUCUGCUGGCGGCCGCUGCUUACCUUCUGCAUGAGCUCCUCUACAUCAGGAAGGAGGAAGAGCUGGACUCUAAAGAUGCGAUCAUCCUCCACCAGUUCUCGAGGCCUCGGACUGGCGGCCCGUCCCUGUCCCCCUUCUGCCUCAAGAUGGAGACCUACCUGCGCAUGGUGGACCUGCCCUAUCAGAACUACUUUGACGGGAAGCUGUCGCCGCAGGGCAAGAUGCCGUGGAUCGAGUACAACCGGGAGCAGGUGUACGGCAACGAGUUCAUCAUCGACUUCCUGGAGGAGCGACUGGGCGUGGGCCUCAACAAGAACCUGAGCCCCCAGGAGGAGGCAGUGUCCCGGGCCGUCACCAAGAUGGUGGAGGAGCACUUCUACUGGACCAUCGCCUACUGCCAGUGGGUGGACAACCUGGAGGAGACCCAGAAGAUGCUGGCGGUGUGCGGGCCGCUAAGCGACCUGCUCCAGUGGAUCCUGAGUCACCUGACCGGCGGCAUCGUGCAGCGGGAGAUGUACGGCCACGGGAUUGGCCGCUUCUCCGAGGAGGAAGUGUACGCCCUAAUGGAGAAGGAUAUGCGCACGCUGGCCACCCUGCUGGGGGACAAGAAGUACCUUAUGGGCUCCCGGCCCUCCACGGUGGACGCAGCCGUCUUCAGUCACCUGGCCCCCGCCAUGUGGACACUCCCAGGGACCCGGCCUGAGCAGCUCAUCAAAGGCGAGCUCAUCAACCUGGCCAUGUACUGCGAGCGGAUCCGCAGGCGCUUCUGGCCCGAGUGGUUCGUGGACCUGGAGGACCUCUGUUACCGUGACGACACGGACGACAGCGACACCGACCUGCCCGACCUGGGCCUGUACUCGCGCACGGACACCUUCCAGGACGACACGCACACGCACAUGCACACGCCGCACACGCACAUGCACACGCCGCCGCCCGCACACACGCACGGCCACGGGCCAUGCUCGCGCGCACACACCGCCCCGCCGCUCGCUCCGUUCCUCGCCCCGCCGCUGGAGCUGCACUCUCCCGACAGCGACCGCACGGGACACUCGCUGUACGACUCGGACAUGGACACGGAGUGCUCCGAGAUGGAGCCGCUCAAGUGAUGCACGCACGCGCCCCGAGCAAGCUGCCGCGACCGCGCGAUAAAAAAAACCCCGCAAAGAAUCACGCGCGUGCACACUUUGGAAUCGGGAUUGUUUGACACACACGUGACUCCUCCUCCUGAUGUCUCUGAGGGGGAGAGGGAGGCUGUGGGGGCCCCCUAACCCCCUACGGGCGGGGGGGAGUGGACCAGAUGGAGGAGCCUAGAGGUUUGGGGGAUCCUCGAGGGGUAAGGUCUGCCUGUCGUUGUUUUUUGGGAGGGAUUGGAUACUCGGAGAAAAUGAAUACAACUGCGGAUGUCGACCAAAGAAAGCAGUGGCGGACGGUGCAGCAGAGGGCAGAUGAGAGGGGAAUGAGUAGAUGGGAAAUAAGAACUAGGGGACAACGGAAAUAUACAGGAGUACAUGAUGCCGUCGCUGAUACACUCCUCCCUACGGCCGGUAUCAUCUGCCAUCUCAACUGCCUACCUAUCUUUUAUUUUGCAGUCCCCAUGGCAACUUUAGUGUAAAUGCUGUGUGCUCCCAUCGUUAUCUGUACCUCAUAAUUCGUGUGUAUGUGUUUUGUUGAGGAAAUGUACCCCUCCCGAAUACAUGGAUAUUUGGGGUUAUGUACAGGAAUUAUAGGAAGAAAAAAUCAUUCCGCUGUCCAUACGAUUUGAAAUAGAGCUCCGAUAGAUAGAAUAACAAAUGAUAGAACAGCAUCAAAUAGUACCCAUUUGACGUCAUUUCCCCCUGCCGUCUUGUAGUGUUAGUACUGUACUUUAGUACGGCGGUACCGUCAUUGUAUAAUAUUUGACAUAAGCUCUCCCACCCCUUCCCCAGCCCUCGCAUAUCUUAAUUUCCUUUGUGUCUUUGCCGUUACCCAUCGUUCAAUCUCAAAGCAAUGACGGGGUGGUUAUCGCUGUGUCUAUGUUUCAUUAACACCAACCGAGAGGAAAGGGCGAACUCAUUUGACAAGCACCUUGCAAAAAAAAAAAAAAAAGAAGAUAAUUACCCUGCGUUGUCAGCCGUCGGUUUCGUCGAACGCCAAGGUGCGAGUUACACGAGACGCUCCGAACAUAGUCCAGCCAUUCAGAGCGGGCGGAACAAUCAUGUAGAAAUAGAUUAGAUUUAAAGAUAUUACUGUAUACUCUGAGAGAGAUGGAGUGCAUGGCUGGUACGUGUACGCAAUACCCCCCACACACACACACACACGCACAGUUCGACAAGAGGUGAUAACAGCAAUAGAGUUCACGGAUAUGACGUAAUCGUAUGCAAAGUAAUAAGUAAUAAUAACAAGACUGGCUGUUCCUUCCCCUGUGAGUAGAGCUCACCAGAAACGUCCUAGCAGCGCACAAACAGCGAUGGUACUGGACGAAUGCCACUGCUGGUGGUACAGCAGCAGAUUGUGUGUCUUAUUCGUAUUUGUCGUUCAGCAAACGCGUGUAUAGCCGCCAUAGUAAGCGCACUGUGUUCAAGCUGUGAGUGCACAUGCCAUAAGCCAGGAUUGGGACUGAAAGGUGCAUGGAUGAGUCAUACACAAACACACGCACACUCUUUUUCUCGCUCUCACACACACAC